CUGGUAGGGGUAGUGGACGUGGGAGUGUCUGGAGAUGGUGGGAAUCUAGCGAUGCUCUAGAGACACUGAGACUGUUGGACAACUGUCAGUUUUGACAGCGCGUUGGCACGGUGAUACAUGGAGAUGAAACACAGGAGAACUAUGAGGCAACGCUAUGCUCUAAAACAUGGGAUACUCAAGGAGUUCCUGGCUGAGUUUCUGGGGACUUUUAUCUUGGUUUUGUUUGGCGUUGGGUCUGUUGCUCAGACGGUCCUGAGUCGUAAUGCCAUGGGGGAGACUCUCACCAUCCAUAUAGGCUUCUCUGUAGGACUGAUGAUGGCAGUGUACGUGGCCGGAGGAGUGUCAGGAGCCCAUGUGAACCCUGCUGUCUCCUUGGCCAUGGUGAUCCUGGGAAAACUCAAGUUCUAUAAGUUCCCCGUCUAUGUCAUUGCUCAGUUCCUUGGUGCUUUCGCUGGAGCUGCUGCAGUCUUUGGGCUGUAUUAUGAUGCGUUCAUGGACUUCACCAAUGGGAUUUUAUCAGUGACUGGUAUUAACGCCACCGGUCACAUCUUUGCCUCUUACCCUGCCAGGUCCCUAACCAUCCUCGGAGGACUCAUAGACCAGGCAGCGGGAACAGGCAUGCUGGUGUUGUGUAUCCUGGCCAUCAACGAUGGGAAGAACAUCGGCGCCCCUAGGGGCAUGGAGCCACUGUGCAUCGGCCUGAUCAUCAUGGCUAUCGGGGUGUCCAUGGGGCUGAACUGUGGGUACCCCCUCAACCCUGCCAGGGACCUGGGGCCACGGCUCUUUACUGCUGUAGCAGGCUGGGGCUGGGAGGUGUUCAGCACGUCAGACUACUGGUGGUGGGUCCCGGUGGCGGGGCCGAUGAUAGGGGGCGUGGUCGGGGCCCUGGUCUACUUCCUGUUCAUCGAGAUGCAUCACAAACAGCCUGAGAAACCCCACGAGGAGGAAGAGGAGGAGGACGAAGAGGAGGAAGAGGAUCUGGAGGAGGACAGCAGUCUUAAGGACAAAUAUGAGAUGAUUACCAUGAGUUAAAGAGUCAGAGAGAUUCAUUCACUUGUCAAGGACUAUAAAAGAAAACGUCCGUCUGUCUGGUUCAGAUCAAUGUUACUGUAAAGUCAAUCAGGAGAGGAAUGUCAUGUUGGGAGACACACACACACACACGACAGGACAGGCUUGCUCUCUCAGUGUGCUAUGGUGAAAUCCUGUGGUAGAGGGAGUAGAAGAGUUAUAACCUGUUGUUACAUGUCAUAGCCUUUAGUAACCAGACCGGUAUGCUACGUAUGAGUGAACGAUCAGAGUACGGUUUAUAGCCUGUUGUUACAUGUCAUAGCCUUUAGUAACCAGACCAGUAUGCUACGUAUGAGUGAACGAUCAGAGUACGGUUUAUAGCCUGUUGUUACAUGUCAUAGCCUUUAGUAACCAGACCAGUAUGCUACGUAUGAGUGAACGAUCAGAGUACGGUUUAUAGCCUGUUGUUACAUGUCACAGCCUUUAGUAACCAGACCGGUAUGCUACGUAUGAGUGAACGAUCAGAGUACGGUUUAUAGCCUGUUGUUACAUGUCACAGCCUUUAGUAACCAGACUGGUGUGCUACUUACGAGCGACUGAUCACAGUACAAGGCCUUUUAGCCCGCUGCUGAUGGGCGCUCCAAUAGUCAGUCUACAUGGAGAAACCCUGUAGAACAGGUUAUUGCUACUGUUUAAAUAGGUAAAGAUACAGAAUGGUUAGUUCAUAAUGAUGUGCUUAUAUGUAGCAAUCCGCAACACUGGAAAAGUAAUAUUAUGUAUAUAUAAUAUUUCGCCCUUUACGAUUCCAUUUGGACUACACCUCUGUCAGUUUUAUGUAAAUGAGAUUCCAUUUGGACUACACCUCUGCUAGUUUUAUGUAAAUGAGAUUCCAUUUGGACUACACAUCUGUCAGGUUUAUGUAAAUGAUGUUCAUGCAGACAAUUAACCCAGACCCAUUUGAUGACGUUUUUGUUGUUGUAGCAAUGUCUGCGUUGUAAUUUCAGAAGGUAUAGCUUUAAUGUAGGCUUUUAUUGCAAUUUUUGACCAUACACUUCAUACUCUGUGCACUGAAAGAGACCACGUGCGUAUCUAAGGAAACCAUGAGAAAUAACAAAUAUAACAACAACUACUGUUACAAUUCAUGAAUUCAUGUAUGACAGUUAAAAGUUUUGUUGCCAUUGUAUAAUAUUCAAUUAUUAUGUUUGUUUAUUGUUGUGCUUUUUCUGUUUUUGAUUUUGUAUUGUUGUCAUGGAAAUAGUAUCCAAACUAUUUCAAUGUGACAAAUGUA